UUCCUUUCUCUCUCUAGAAACCUUUCUAGAGUGAAAUCUCUGUUUUUUUCAUGGGUUGCUCUGCUUCAAAGCCUGCCGCCGCCACCGCCGCCACCGCCGCCCGUUCCGCCCGGAAUUCUGAACCUUUCUACUCUCCUUCUCCAUUGCAGUCUGCCAGCUCUUCUCCGGUGGUCGGGGGAGCUUUCUCGCUGCCGACGCCGCUAGUCCACCACCCGCCGGUGAAGGAGGGCGACACCCACCAUCUUGUUUUCCUCACUUCCACCACCUAUGGCUCCGACCGUCCGACCAACCCCAGCCGACCACCGGCUAAGGCUUUAAAGCCCGUCCAAUUCUCCGACCAGAUUUCUCUCUCCCCUGACUCUGUAAUUAACACCUGGGAACUCAUGGACGGCCUUGAUGAUGACGACGUCGAUUUCAGCCACAAUCCGAUCAGUUCCAGUUCGAUUCCGGCCAAACCCAAUUCUAUUCCGGCAAAACCCACGUCGAAAAAGGGGUUCAAUUCUGCAAUGGAGGAAGAAAUCAGCUCAGUUCCGCGGUGGUUGCCGAAGAAACCACUCUGGAAGCACAUUUCAGAGGAAUCCCUCCUGGCAAAAUUGGACCCAAACGUAGCUUCAACAUACACCAGAGCCCUCUCUUCACGACGGCACAACUCCGAUCAGCCCAACACCUGCCGGAGUUCAUCAUUUUCAACUCACUGGCCACCCAAUUUCUCAAACACCCAAAACAGAGGAAUAGUAAUCUACUUCACAAGCCUUCGAGGAAUCCGAAAAACCUAUGAAGAUUGCCGGUUGGUUCGCACAAUCUUCAGGGGAUACAGAGUUUUGGUAGACGAGAGGGACAUUUCAAUGGAUUCGUUCUUCAGAAAAGAGCUGCAAGCGAAGCUCGGAGGGAGGGCACCGGCGAGACUACCACAGGUUUUCAUCGGCGGGAAGCAUGUCGGUGGGGCGGAGGAGAUUCGAGAAAUGAACGAGAGCGGGGAGCUGGGGAGAAUGCUGGAGGGGUUCCCGGCGGCGGAGGAGAGGUCGGUGUGUGGAAGGUGUGGGGAUGUUAGGUUUGUGCCUUGCCUGAAUUGUUAUGGAAGUAGGAAGUUGUUUGAGGAAGAUGGAGGGUUGAGGAGGUGCCCUAAGUGCAAUGAAAAUGGAUUGAUUAGGUGCCCUUCUUGUUGUACAUGUUUAUGAGCUUUGAUUUGAAGAAAGGUGUUCUAAUGGAAUGGAACGUUGGUCCUUCUAAGCUAUUUUGAGUUUUUUUUUCAUUUA